AUGGGUGUCUCGAAAACCCCAACAGCAGAGAUCGAGCGCAGUCUGUGUGGAUCCACUGUCUCUUCUGUCUCCAAGGUCACAUAUACCAGAGAACAUAGCAGGGAACCAGAAGAGGAGGAAAUGUACAGUGCAGAGAAUUUCCGUCGCAUUGCUCGCAGUCUCAGUGGGACAGUCAUCUCGAACAGAGAAGAGACUUUGGUCUCUUCUCACAGUUUUGAAGCACCAAAUACGAGGAAAAUGCCAGUGGACACCAGCCACCGUUCUUCCAGCUCCACUUCCUUUCCUUUCCCCCAUGAUCCUCCUGUGUUUCCCUUUGAUCCCCAGCACAACCCAAACCAGGUGCAGCACCUACCCCAUGAUGUACUGAUGCCCAGCAUGGUGGGCAAGGCACGUAUACCAUCAGGAGAUCAGAAGAACAUCAUCCAGAAACUUUUGGUUGUGCCUGACAGGGGUGAAGCUUUCCAAGGUGAAGACUACCCAGGAGAUGGAGCAUCAAGUGUCUCUGGCCGUUGGCUGAACAUGAGCUACCCUGCCAGGCAAACAGCCACAUUACCAGAUAAACGAACGAUGCUCUGGGGGAGACAUGCUGGCCAGCCAGGCAAGAAUUUACAGGAAGGCUUCUUCCAGCAGCCUUCACAACAUCAAAUGCAUGAAUCUUAUGCCAUUGGUUGCAGGCUGCCAGCCAGCACAGACUACAGCACUUUAAGGAUACCACAUGAGCCUUCUUGGGAUCCUGGUGCCUCUCCAGGUUGUCCUGUGCCUCCUUCCUGCGUUAAGGCCCCAGGUCCAAGGAGAGUGGAUAUGCCCCCAGAAGAAGACUGGCGACAGAACACCUACACCCCUCAGCCUGGCAGAAGGCGAAUGCUACCAAUGCAUGUGAUGGAUGGGACUUUUUCUUCUGCUUCGGAGGCACACAGAAAUACGCUGGCUCGAGCAGCAGCAGCAGCUACUAGCACCAUGCAAAAUAAUAGGUGGUGA